CACCUCCUCAUAUGUUAGUGGGGUGGAGGUAGUAGUUUAGAGAUUAUAGGGGCCAAAUGAUGUGUUUUCUCUAGUUUUAUCAAUUUUCUAUACAAAAGUCACGAUUGAAAAUAGUUGUUCUGGGAGAAUUUUCUCCCCCCUCAUCUGAUUCACAGUGUUCUUCCCGUUAUAAAUCAGGCAAACACUCAUGUGCAUGUUCAACAAGAGUUGAAAGAUGUCAAGCUUUGGCAGGUCAUAUAUAUCUAUCCCGUUCUAUCCCUCCCAUCUUUUCAUGACACUUUUCGUUGAAAACUGAUCGUGUUUGGUCUUUAUGCAUCAGGUUCAUACACUUAUUAAAGGUCUGGAAAAGAUUGCGGCCAGUGCAGAUAUUCCAAUGUUGGUGUGUGGUGAUUUUAAUUCAGUGCCUGGAAGUGCCACUCACUCCCUCCUUGCAGCUGGGAAAGUUGAUCCAAUGCAUCCAGAUCUACACAUUGACCCUCUUGGUAUUCUGCGCCCAAUUACCAAGUUAACACAUCACCUGCCAUUGGUAAGUGCUUAUUCUGCCAUUGGUAGGCUAGGGGUAGGCCUUGGGUUUGAGCAACAGAAAAGACGAAUUGACCCUACUACGAAUGAACC